AUGUUUUCAAAACUACGAUCCAAAUUAUCUCGUGUCUUAAGUCCGGAUAAAAAAGAAGGCACGAUUUAUCAAAAGGUCAACGAUGCCGAGAAGGAAGCCCAAUCCAAUCGCAAUGACGAAACGAAGAAAAACACAUACCAGUCUUCAAGAGAACGCAAUAGAUCCAUCGACAGUCUAGAGAGAACACGUUGUCUCCUCAAUCUAAUGAGGCAUAAUGUCAACGAUGCCGAGAAGGAAGUCCAAUCCAAUCGCAAUGACGAAACGAAGACAAAUACACAACAAUCUCCAAAAAAACGCGACACAUACGUCAACAGCCCAGAGAGAACACGUUGUCUCCUCAAUCUACUGAGGCAUGAUCCGAGGAAUGAUAAUCUUCCACCCUACUCCUCCACUCAAACAUCACGUCCGAGUUCGGGACUUCCUAGUCAACAAAAACCAUCCAUCAAGGGAAAAGAAAUUAAGAAUGACAGGCCUCCUCCUUACGGAUUACCCGAGAACAUGAGUUCGGCAUCCCGUCGCCAGUAUAUCAGGGGUUUAAUUGAUAGAAGAAAAGCCGAAAUCCAAACUUUGGAACAACAAUUAGAGGAAGAAACUGGAAAAGCAAGACCUUCAUCUACGGGUACAACUUUGCGGGUCGGAGAAUCUUCGUCUAUACAUGUUACUUUGCAGAGAGAAGCGGCACAGGAAGAAACAGGGGAGGAAGGAAUUCCGAGUACAGUUUCAUCUUCUCAGACAAAAGGAACAAUGCAAGAUAUGGAAUAUUAUAUUCAAUAUUAUAUUCCAGACUGCAAAUACCGGGGUGCACUUGCAAGAAAUAUGAAGCGGUUGCAAGAAUUGAAAAACGAGACAAAUUUGGCAAAAAAGGAACGCGAAAGAUCGAGUCUUGAACAUGACUUGAGUGUAGGAGGAGAUACCUUGAUCUACUGGUGUGGCCAGCGAAAAUAG